AUGAGUGACGAGAAUGAUCUGCAAACAAAUUUAUAUUUGAUAAUUUUUGUGUGCGGUUGUGCAGAUUUUUGCUACAUAGAAGAGAUAGAUGGUGCCUCAAAGGACUACUGUGAUGAGAAUAACACACAGUAUCCCUGUGUAGCUGGGAAGGGUUACUAUGGAAGAGGCCCACUUCAACUAUCAUGGAACUACAAUUAUGGUCCUGCCGGAAAGAGCAUUGGCUUUGAUGGACUCAACAAUCCAGAAAUUGUUGCGACAGAUGCAGCUGUGUCGUUCAAGACCGCCUUGUGGUAUUGGAUGAACAAAGUUCACUCUAUCAUAGUUUCUGGCCAAGGGUUUGGUGAAACAAUCCGAGCCAUCAACGGUGCACUUGAAUGCGAUGGUGGAAACACAAAUACAGUCAAUGCUCGUGUUGAGUACUACCAAGAAUACUGCAACCAACUUGGUGUUGCGCCUGGCGAUAAUCUUUAUUGUUAAAAAGUUAUUAUUUAUUUUUUUUGUUAUAAAUUUAUGGGUACAUGUUUUUAAAAGUAAUAAAGAGUAGGAACCAUCCAAGUUAGGGCUUUAUUCAAGCAUUAACUUAUUUGGCAUGUAAUAGUACAACUAACACAAUAUUGAAGGGCUUUUGAGAACUUAUUUUGAUACUUGAUCAAGGACGAAAUAAUUGGUAUCAACUCAUAUGUAUUCUUUCAUCAAAGGCUAUAUAUGUCUGCUCUUUUUUUUUUUUUUUCCUUAUUAAAUUGAAUAAUACUUUGAUGUUGUUCGAUGGGGAAGAAAUUUGUUUCUCUAUUUACUUCAUAAAAUUUCAUUACAAAAAUAGCAUGCUUUUUAUAGGCAAUACAA